CUCAGUUUCUGUUCUUGACUGUCUGUCUCUUUCCCUGGCUCAUCUCUUUCUUUGUCUCUCUGUCUCUCUCCCUUCUCCUUUCCUUGUCCCUCUCUUUCUUGUCCCUCCUUUUACUUUCUUUCCUUUCCUUUUUCUUUUUCUCUUCUGCCUUGCUCUGUUCAUUUCUCCCUCACCCUGACAUCUCUUUUCUCCUUUCCCUUCUCCUUCCCUCUCUUUUCUUCUUUCUCUCCAUUUCUCUUCUGCCUCCUCCCCUGGCCUUUCCUUCUGACUCUUCUCUCUCAUCCUUUGUUUCUCAGAUGGCUGCCCCUCAAUAUUGGCUCUCUCUUCUGGUCCUCUCCUGCUGCGUGGCUCUCUUGAGUGCUCAGAGGGCUCCUCAGGAGCCAGUUUACCCUGGAGAUGAUGCUACCCCGGAGCAGAUGGCCCGGUAUGCUGCUGAGCUCCGAAGAUAUAUCAAUAGGCUCACCCGGCUCAGGUAUGGGAAGAGGGCCGUGGACCAGAGAUUCUACCAGGAUGGUGUGGAUAUCUUGCAGUAGAGGGUUCUGCUGUAAUAUUCCCAGGACACCCCAUCAGCUGAACUUUCACUGCUCCUGCCUCUCCCUUUAUCCAGAGCCCUGCGGGCAGUCCUGGCCCUCACUCCCCUG